UUGUAUGUUUCCCCUGCAAUUGUGAGGGAUUCUCUUCAGCUGUGACCUUCACCUUGCCAGUCAUGUUUAAUUCCAAGGAUCCCGAGAGAUUUGGCCUGGUCUCUGAUGUCAAACGUACCUACAGUAACCAUGGAAGCAGCCUAGCGGCGGUGGAGCAAGAUAUCACUGGUGGCAUCAAACAUUGCCAUGACAACAGCCACGCGCAGGAUGACCGCGAGAGAGAGAAGAAAGUUGCCAGAAAGCGGUUGCUUGUGGUGUCCAUCGUCUGCCUGAUUUUUAUGAUUGGCGAAAUCCUCGGGGGGUAUUUUGCAGGAAGCCUUGCAGUGAUGACCGAUGCAGCUCACCUGUUGGUGGACUUGUGCAGCUUCAUCAUCAGCCUCUUGUCCCUGUGGCUCUCCUCCAGACCGGCGACGCACAAACUCAGCUAUGGCUGGCACCGUGCAGAAAUCUUGGGUGCACUGUUGUCAGUGUUCACCAUCUGGCUUGUAACAGGAGUGUUGGUUUACUUGGCUGUGGAGCGCCUCAUCAGUGACCAUUACACAAUCGAGGGCACGGUCAUGCUCAUUACAUCCGGCUGUGCCGUUUUGGCCAAUAUUAUUAUGGCCCUCACCCUUCAUCAGUCCGGCCAUGGGCACAGUCACGGAGGACUCUCUUCACGUGACCACAGUCACAAGAACGGGAAAGAAGACUCCCAGAUUUCUAAUCAAACCCGUUCCACCAGUGAUCUUGACAACGUAGAGCACAACAGAAAUGAUCAGGGGGGGCGAGCGCAGCAGGCCAACGCCAGUGUGCAUGCAGCCUUUGUGCACGUGGUGGGGGAUCUUCUUCAGAGUCUCAGUGUGCUCGUCAGCGCCAUCAUCAUCUUCUUCAAGCCAGAAUACAAGAUGGCUGACCCCAUCUGCACAUUCCUCUUCUCCAUAUUAGUUUUGUGCAGCACCUUCACCAUCAUGAAAGAUAUUCUGAUUGUCUUGAUGGAAGGUACCCCAGCAGGGGUGAGCUAUAGCGAGGUCCGAGAUGGUCUGCUGGCAGUUAAAGGGGUCUCGGCGGUCCACAACCUUCACAUCUGGGCCCUCACUGUCAACCAGGCUUUGCUGUCUGCGCAUGUGGCCAUCGACGAGUCAGUGGAUGCUCAGACAGUUCUGCGAGAGAUGACUCAGGCCUGUUACUCAUCUUACAACGUCCACUCGGUCACCAUCCAAAUGGAGCGACAGGCUGACCUGAAACCUGGUUGCACCCUGUGUGAGGACCCAAAGAUGUAGUAAGCCUGAGUAAUAUUUGUUGGUUCUGCAAUACUCUAUGGUUUCUUGUUUUUUACCCCAAGUGUGGAACUUUUGAGCUUGUACCUGAACGAAAGACAACAGUUGAAUGUAUUUCCUAAUCUAAGAGAAUCUUUUUUAACUUCUAUUUUAAGUGUAUGAUGAUUGUACCUAUAAUCUCUGUACAGUACUAUGUCAAAGGCUGCUUUUAAUACUUUCACAAAACCACCUUUUCACCACUGUUGUACGUUACGUUAACAUGAAUUAUUAAAUAAAUCAAUGGACCGAGA